CUUUUCUUUUCUCUUUUUUAAAUUGAUCAUCGACGUUUUUCGUUUCACUUUCUUUCUUCUCUACUAAUUUUUUUUUUCAAUUUUUCUCACCGUAAAAAAACAAUGACUCAAGCAGUUGCUGAUAUUGGUCUCAUUGGUUUGGCCGUCAUGGGUCAAAACUUGAUCCUCAACAUGAACGACAACGAUUUCGUCGUGUGCGCCUACAACCGCACUACCUCCAAGGUCGAUCAUUUCUUGGAAAACGAAGCUAAAGGCACCAAAAUUGUGGGAGCUCACUCUGUUGAAGAAUUGUGCGCCAAGUUGAAGCGCCCGAGAAAGGUCAUGUUGCUUGUUAAGGCUGGUUCGGCCGUCGACAACUUUAUCGAACAGUUGCUUCCCCAUUUGGAAAAGGGCGACAUCAUCAUUGACGGUGGUAACUCUCACUUCCCCGAUUCCAUUCGUCGUUGCAAGGAUUUGCAAGAAAAGGGCAUUCUCUUUGUCGGUUCCGGUGUGUCUGGUGGUGAAGAAGGUGCUCGCUACGGUCCUUCUCUCAUGCCUGGUGGCAACCAAGAAGCUUGGGAACACAUCAAGCCCAUCUUCCAGGCUAUUUCUGCCAAGGCUCCCGAUGGUGCCCCUUGCUGUGACUGGGUCGGUGAAACUGGUGCCGGUCACUACGUCAAGAUGGUCCACAACGGUAUCGAAUACGGUGACAUGCAGUUGAUUUGUGAAGUCUACCAGAUCAUGAAGGAGGGUCUUGGUUUGAGCCACGAUGAAAUGGCAGAUGUUUUUGAAGAAUGGAACAAGGGAGAAUUGGAUUCCUUCUUGAUUGAAAUUACCCGUGACAUUCUCCGAUACAAGGAUACCGAUGGCAAGCCUUUGGUUGAAAAGAUCCGCGACACAGCCGGUCAAAAGGGUACUGGUAAGUGGACCGGUAUCGACUCGCUCGACCGUGGUAUUCCCGUCACCCUUAUUGGUGAGGCUGUGUAUGCUCGUUGUUUGUCGAGUCUCAAGGAUGAACGUACCCGUGCUUCCAAGAUCUUGUCUGGCCCCAAGGAUGCCAAGUACAACGGUGACAAGAAAGAGUUCCUCGACCAACUUGGACAAGCCUUGUAUGCUGCCAAGAUUGUUUCGUAUGCUCAAGGUUUCAUGUUGAUGCGUCAAGCCGCCAAGGAUUACGGAUGGAAGUUGAACAAUGCCGGUAUUGCAUUGAUGUGGCGUGGCGGAUGUAUCAUUCGUUCCGCUUUCUUGGGCAAGAUCCGUGACGCUUACAACACCAACCCUGAAUUGGAGAACUUGCUCUUUGAUCCCUUCUUCCAGGAAGCCACUGGUAAGGCUCAGUCGGCCUGGAGAAGCGUGGUGGCCAACGCCGUGUCGAUGGGUAUUCCCACCCCCGCUCUUUCUACUGCCUUGAACUUCUACGACGGUCUUCGUCACGAAAUGCUCCCUGCCAACUUGUUGCAAGCUCAACGUGAUUACUUUGGUGCCCACACUUACGAACUCCUUUCCAACCCUGGCCACGCUGUCCACACCAACUGGACCGGCCGUGGUGGCAACGUGUCUGCUUCCACCUACGAUGCUUAAUCAUUUUAAUUGUAUCUUUUUUUCAUUUUAUUUGUCACCUGUCGCUUUCUUACUAUUACAAAAAUCUCUCAAGGAUAAACUAUAUACGCAAAUAGUAAAAAAAAAAAAUCUCACUGGAUUAUGAUUCCAACUUUCGUUUUUCUCUCAAGAUACAUGAUCAAAAGUUUGA